AUGCGCUUUCCUCUCAUUGCCUUGUCCACGGCACUCCUUGCCACGCCAGCUCAUUCCUUCACCUUGCCCAGCUGCACGCCAAUAACAUCAACAACAAGUACUACUCUGAACAUGGCAUCGGCACUCGACGAAUUGGCCAAACUCACUACUCUCUCCAUUGACAGUAGUGAUUUGGACGAGGUUGCCAAGUUCGCCAAAUUGGGAUGCAUCACGGAUGCCACCACCAAUCCUUUGCUAGUGACUCAAGCCGCUUCCAACGGAGACGAACGAUAUUCCAAAAUGCUGAAGGAUGCCAUUAUGUAUACCAAGGAAGCUCUCGGAGGAGGAGAUUCGUCCUUGCCAGAACCUGAAGCUGAAUUGAAUUUGGCCAUGGACAAGCUGGCCGUCAAUUUGGGAGCUCAGUUGUUAAAGCUCAUUCCCGGAAAGGUUUCCACCGAAGUGGACAUUCGAUUAAGUUAUGACACCAACAGCAGUGUGGACCGGGCUCGACGCAUUAUUUCCAUGUACGAAGAGAUGGGGAUUGAUAAAGAUCGUGUCUUGAUCAAGUUGGCUGGAACCUGGGAGGGAAUUCAAGCCGCCAAGAUUUUGGAAGAAGAGGGAGUUCAUUGCAACAUUACUCUUGUGUUUAGCUUUUUGCAAGCAGCAGCGUCUGCUCAAGCUGGGGCAUACUUGAUUUCGCCUUUUCCAGGUCGUAUCUUGGACUGGUUCAAGAGCCAAAAUGGCAAAGAGGGCUACCCUCCUCAAGCUGAUCCAGGAGUCUUGGACGUUCAACGUAUGUACUCGUACUUUCGAAAGUACGGAUACAAGACUAUUUGCAUGCCUGCGUCCUGGAGACCUUCUCGAGGUGCCGCUGUGGAAGGCAGUGCCGUAGAUGAAAUUCUCGCCUUGGCUGGAGUGGAUGAAAUGACCAUUCCCCCACCUCUACUGCUGGCUCUUAGUGAAAUGGAUGCCAGUGCUGUUUCGGAACAAUGCAAUGCGAAAACCAGUGCCGCCAUGUGCCGAGAACCAGACUUUGUCCUUGAUGAACAAACAUACAAGCAAUAUUGGGAAACUGAUCCUUGCGGCAUCGAAAAGUUGAACCAAGGAAUUGAUGCAUUCAAGCAAACAACGGAAGAUCUGAAACAAGUUCUGAUUCAAGAGUUUAAUUGA